UGCGCGACACCGCGCUUUGUCGGCGGCUGGACUCGCUGGGGAGCUGGGCGGCGGCUUCCUCGGUCCGGGAUGGCUUCGGACUCAGGGGACCGCGAGUCCCAAUGCACGCUGGAGUUCGCCGUGCAGAUGACCUGUCAGAGCUGCGUGGACGCGGUGCAAAAGUCCUUGAAAGGGGUGACAGGCGUCCAGAGUGUGGAGGUGCAGUUGGAGAAACAGAUGGUCUUGGUGCAGACCACUCUCACCAGCCAGGAGGUGCAGGCACUCCUGGAAUCCACUGGGCGGCAGGCUGUUCUCAAGGGCAUGGGCAGCAGUCGUUUAGAGAAUCUGGGGGCAGCAGUGGCCAUCCUGGGGGGAUCUGGCUCUGUGCAGGGGGUGGUACGCUUCCUCCAGCUUACCCCUGAUCACUGCCUCAUCGAGGGAACUAUCGAUGGCCUGGAGCCUGGGCUACAUGGACUCCAUGUCCAUCAAUAUGGAGACCUCACAAAGGACUGCAACAGGCCUCAGGUCCUCCCUGGCUUUUGGCCAGAAAUUGACAUUUUUGUCACGUGGACAGCUCCUAUCAAGGCAACUGGCUUUCAAGAGCGGCACCGUGGGGACCUGGGCAAUGUCCACGCUGAUGCUGGUGGCCGAGCCAUCUUCCGGCUAGAGGAUGAGCAGCUGAAGGUGUGGGACGUGAUUGGCCGUAGCCUUGUUAUCGAUGAGGGAGAAGAUGACCUGGGCCGAGGUGGCCAUCCCUUAUCUAAGGUCACAGGGAACUCUGGGGAGAGGCUGGCUUGUGGCAUCAUCGCACGCUCUGCUGGCCUGUUCCAGAACCCCAAGCAAAUCUGCUCCUGUGAUGGCCUCACUAUCUGGGAGGAGCGAGGCCGGCCCAUUGCUGGCGAGGGCCGGAAGGACUCAGCCCAGCCUGCUGCCCACCUCUGAGUAGGGCUUGGAGUUCUAUUGUGUCCUCCCUACCAAGCAUCUUCCACCUGCAGAGGUAGCAAAGGGGCCAUGCUAGUACAGGCCUAGGAGCAAUAGGUAUUGGGUAUGUAGGGGUUACUUGGAUGCAUCUUUAGCAAAUUAAACUUUUAUUUUCACAUGGAA